ACGGUGUAAAGCUAUAAACAUUACGUACUCUUCCUUCCUCCCACAAUCAAAAACUGCGAAAACAACAGAGUCCAUAAACAUAAACAAAAACAGACCGCAAAGAGCCAAAACCAUAAAGGCAAUGGAGCAGCAGCAAAACCAGCAACUUGAAAUCAUCCCUGCAAAACCAUUCACCAGUUUGCCUCAAUCAACCCAAAUCGAGUUCCUUUCCUUCCACCCAGAGGUGGAUAAAUAAGUUAGUUAAGCACUAAACACCCAAAACAAAGAAGAGAACUUUGUGCUCUGUUUUCUCAUCUCCAGAGCAACACAGAAAACUGGGGGGGACGUGGAUUGCUAGGCUGUCUAGUUUUUGGAAUUGGGUUGGCUUUGGAAUUGGAAACAAAGAAAUAUGCUCUGUUUCAGAAAGGAGAAGAAAACAGAGGACAAAAAAACGGAGCUUUCUUUCUUCUUUUGUGAGUGAUGAGUUUCGUUUUUUUUUGUAUAAAGCUAACGCCUUUCUUCUUCUCCCAAACUUAUCACAGGUGGGAGUGAUCAAAAGAAGUAAAAGAAGAAGAUGGUUCUGUUCCCGUCUUUCUUCAACGGGUUGGCGAGAACGGUGUCCUCCACAUCGUCGUCGUUGAAGAAAGCCAAGAGCUUGGAGAAAGACUCCGCCGCCGCUGCCGCCGCCGCCGACGGCGGCGGAAAACUAGCUGCGGAGGAGCUGGCUAAGGAUGCUAAACGAAAUGAACUGAUUCUGAGCUCCUCUGGGAUUGUGAAGUCAACCAAGUCCAACAAUUUCGCAUCCGUUUGCUCCAGGAGAGGCCAGAAGGGCGUCAAUCAGGAUUGUCUCGUCGUUUGGGAGGAAUUCGGGUGCCAGGAAGACAUGACGUUCUGCGGGGUGUUUGACGGCCACGGGCCGUGGGGACACGUGGUGGCGAAAAGGGUUCGAGAAUCGGUCCCGCCAUCUCUGCUCUGCAACUGGCAGAAGACUCUGCAAUCCUCACUCGACGUGGAGAUGGAAUUGGGACUAGUGAAUGAAAAUGAGGACUUGCUCCUCCGCCAUAGCAACCAGCAGCAUCGGUUCGAGAUCUGGAAGGAGUCGUAUCUCAAGACCUACGCCGCCGUUGAUCAGCAGCUGAAGCAGCUGCAUCCCAAGAUCGACACUUUCUUCAGCGGCACCACUGCUCUCACCAUUGUCAAACAGAGGAACCAUCUGAUUAUAGCCAACGUGGGCGAUUCAAGAGCCGUAUUGGCCACAACUUCCGACAACGGCACCCUGUCCGCCGUCCAACUCACCGUCGAUUUCAAGCCCAAUCUUCCCCAGGAAGCAGAGCGCAUCAAGAACUCGAGAGGCAGAGUGUUCUGCCUCCAGGACGAGCCCGGAGUAUACAGAGUAUGGCGGCCGAGCGGCAAAACGCCGGGGCUGGCGAUCUCGAGAGCUUUCGGGGACUACAGCAUCAAGGAAUACGGCCUGAUCUCGGUCCCCGAAGUGACCCAAUUGAGCGUCACGAGCAGGGACCGGUUCGUGAUUCUGGCGAGCGACGGGGUCUGGGAUGUGGUGUCGAAUCAGGAAGCCGUGAGGAUUGUGGCGGCGGCGGCGGCGGCGAGUGGAGGGAGGGAGAAGUGUGCGAGGAGGCUGGUGGAGUACGCGGGUCGGGCGUGGAAGCGGAAGAGGGGCGGGGUGGCGAUGGAUGACAUGUCGGCGAUCUGUCUAUUUUUUCAUGAGGUCGAGGCUGAGGCAGAGGCGGCGUCGCCGGCGGCGACGGAUGGUGGCGGUGUGGGGAGGGAGAAGAACGGGAAGUGUUUGGAUUAAGGACGUCGGAGGAGAUGUAAAGGGGAGUGUGAUGUUGUAACUUGUAAGGGUUUGGUGAUGUUUAUGAAGUGGAUGGAUGAUUCAAGGUUUUACUAAUGGAAAUUGUGUGGCAGAGUAUAGUGAGAUUCCAAAGAAUGGAAAAGAAGGUUGAAAAAAAAAAUUACAUAUUAUUACAGUUUGUACUUCCAAUAGUGUUUUUUUUGGGUCUUCUUGGCGUUUUUGCGGAAUCGUAUCGUAGUUGUACUGGAAAGGUCAGUCGUAACAUUUUUUUUAUGC